CAUGGACGCCUCGGGCUGCAUGAAGUCGCUGCUCCUGGCCGCCGCGCAGUACCGCGCCGCCAAGACGGCGCCCAACGCGGCGCUCCUGCAGCGCAGUCUGGAGGUUAUCUCUGGACUGAAGCUUACAAGAUUAUUUGCUUCAAACCAGAUUCUACCAAGUGAAUGUCUUAUUUGCCUAGUAGAACUCCUUGAGGAUGCUAAUACAAACCCUUCUCUAGCCUUGUCUGUGGUUACUUUGCUAUCACAACUAGCUUUAGACAACGAGGCUAGAGAAGCUCUUCAGGAUACCUACAAUCUGACCAGUGUGCUGGCAGGGCUGGUUCAUCGAAGUUCUACUGAUCUUAGUGAUCCAGUCUUAUUACAGAGUAUUCAGCUGCUGCAGAGGCUAACCUACAAUGUUCGAGUUUUUCAUGCUGGUGCCAACAUCGAUGAAUUAAUUUCAUUUCUAAUGCAUCGUGUUCAGUCCACUGAAGAUGAGUUAACAAUACCAUGUUUAGGACUCCUGGCAAACCUCUGUCGUCACAACAUAUCUAUUCAAACUCAGAUCAAGUCUUCGAGUAACGUGAAGAGUUUCUACCGUACCUUGAUAAGUUUCCUGGCCCACAGUAGUUUGACUAUGGUGGUGUUUGCACUUUCGAUGUUGUCAAGCCUUACUUUAAAUGAAGAAGUAGGAGAAAAACUUUUUCACGCUCGAAAUAUCCAUCAGACUUUUCAGCUAAUAUUCAAUAUUGUUGUAAAUGGAGAUGGUACUCUAACAAGAAAAUACUCUGUUGAUCUACUUGUGGAUCUUCUGAAGAACCCCAAAAUUGCAGAUUAUCUUACUAGAUAUGAGCACUUCACCUCAUGCCUUGGGCAAGUAUUAGAUCUUCUUCAUGGAAGGGAUCCCGAUUCAUCAGCGAAGGUCUUAGAACUGCUGCUGGCCUUCUGUUCUGUGGCAGAACUGCGUYGCAUUCUGCGGCAGGCGAUACUGGAACCCUCUGGCCUGCCCGUCGCUGGAAAUGCCAGAUUUGUAGCUCGCUCAAAGACUUUUGAGCCAUCUGUUGCCUUGGUGCACUUGUCAAACCAGCCACUGGAAGGUUCUGAAGACUGUUCUGUUCUAGCUUUGCAGCUGUUUAAGGAGAUCUUUGAGGAUGUUAUUAAUAGUGGCAACAGUGGCUCAGCUGAACACUUUGUGGAUCUUUUGCUGCCUGUUCUGCUUGAUCAUCUUCAGAUGCCAGAACAGAUUGUGGAUGAGUUAUUAGUGAAGAAAAAGUGUGAACGAAUGGUUAAGGCUAUAAGUGUUCUGACAAUGCUGUGUGGAGAUGACAUAUUGAAAACACAUGCCUCAAAGGAACUGAGUGCCAGCCGGUGCAUGUCGCUAAUAGAACACCAGUUCAUCUAUAUUGGGGUUGAUGCUGGUUUUGGGACCAAGGUAGUGAACUCUGAACUGUGCAAACUUGCUGCUGAUGUUAUUUUGAAAACACUUGAUCUUAUGAGCAGACUUAAGCAGGAGGUAUCUAGCAUGGAAGUCAGCUUCUACAAAGUUUUACAGGAUCAGCGCUUGAUUACACCUUUGACAUYGGCUUUAACAUCAGAUCACAGAGAYCAGGUGCAAGCUGGACUUCGAAUACUGUUUGAGGCAGCGCCCUUACCAGAUUUUCCUGCCAUAGUGCUUGGUGAGAGCAUUGCUGCAAACAAUGCUUACAAGCAGCAUGAAACAGAGCAUGCAUCAAAAAGAAUUCCAAUGCAGUCACCCAUGACCCAUGUUACUUCAGUGAGUUCUUCAUCCCAUUCAUCAUGUGAUGAUUCCAUAACUUCAAGCAUUCAGGAAUUGAUACAGAAACUCCACUCUGGACUAGAGAUGAAGGAGCCAAUCAUUGAUAUGAGGAUAUCUGACCUAAUGGACGUUUAUGAGCAGAAACUGUCAGCAUUAGCAUCCAAAGAAGCCAGGCUGCAAGACCUUCUGGAGGCAAAGGCGCUGGCGCUGACUCAGGCUGACAGGCUGAUGGCUCAGUACCGAUGCCAGAGAGCCCAAGCUGAGUCUGAGGCAAGAACUCUUGCUGCAAUGUUGAAGGAUGCAGAACGAAAAAAUGAAGAACUUAAUGUUUUGCUGAAAGCUCAGCAGGUGGAAUCCGAAAGGGCACAAAAUGAUAUUGAGCAGCUCUUUCAACAUAACCGGAAGCUACAGACAGUUGCUGAAGAACAUGAAAUACUGAAAAAAUCCUCUAUUGAUCUUCUUCAGAAGCAUGAAAAAACUGAAAGACUAUAUAAAGAUCUACAGAUUACAUGCAAUUCCCUAAAUAAACAAGUGGAAGCAAUGAAAAAGCUAAAUGAAUCACUCAAGCAACAGAAUGACAAGACUGCUGCACAGUUGAAAGAAACUGAAGAUAACAGAAAAGAAUUACUACAACAGCUACAAGAUAGAGACAGCAAAAUAGCAAGCUCACAACAAAAAAUAAAAGUUCUGGAAGAAAAACUAAAAUCUCGGCAGAAAGAAAAGACAGAGAUGGAAGAAACUAUAGAUGUUCUUAGAAAGGAAUUAAGUAAAACAGAACAAGCAAGGAAAGAACUGAGUAUUAAGGCAUCUUCUCUGGAAGUUCAAAAGUCCCAGUUGGAGGGACGUUUGGAAGAAAAAGAAGCUGUUGUAAAACUACAGCAAGAAGAACUGCACAAACACUCCCAUAUGAUAGCAAUGAUUCACAGUUUAAGUGGUGGCAAAUUAAGUGCAGAAACGGUGAACCUCAGUUUAUAGGGCUCUGUAGUUGGGUUUUAAUAUUUUAUACAUAUGUAUAAUUAUAUGUAAAGACUUUUAAUUUGAAACUACCAUAUUAUCUGGCUAAAAAAAGUCCCAUAUCAUCAAAAAUUAAGUAGCUUGGCUGUCAAUUUAGAAGAACUAGUACUUUGAAAGCUUUGGCUUGAGAAAUCUGAGGCACCAUAUAACAAAUGGGUCUUCUGCCAGUCUUGUAGAACUACCAUCAUCCAUACUGGCAGCUGGAUUCAAUUGUUGUUUCGGACAAAACCAUCUUUAACCAGACAAAGAGGCAACAACAGGCAGUGACACUUUUGUCUGUACGUUCCAUUAUUGGCAGUCAGACAUGCUGUUUGCUUCUUUAUCAAAAUGCUUGACAUUUCUAUAAUUUCAUCUUGCUGAUUUUGAAUCUCCUGAAUACUGUGGAUUUUGCUUCCUGAUGUCCAAGAUACAAACAYAGAAACAAAGUAGAUCCUACCAAUUAGAGCAUGUUACAUUGAAAGCUAUAUUUCAGUUUAUCGGUGCACAUUUCAUGUCGUAAAUAGGUGGGGGUGUUGCUAAUUAGUAGUGAUAGGAAUUUCAGCAAGUAGAAUAGAACCUUGAAUGAAUAUCCAGGUGCUAUCAAUAAUGGAAAGUAACCAGAUAUGAAAUGCAAAGCUUUGUUAGAAUACUAUAUAUAAUACUUUCCUAGUUCUACCAUGACACUUUCUCCUUCUUUAAAAGGCUCUGCAGUUUGUUUUGAAUGUCCUACCUGGUAUACACUAGCUAUUCUCAGCACUGUCCACUUCUGAACAUUUCUGUCCAUUUCUGGAAUUUCAUAUACUCUUUGAAGUAUAACUUUGAAGAAAACUUUUUUAAAAAAUGUACUUUCCUCUGAGACUAGUACUAGAACUUGUGAUGUGCAUUUUUGAGUGGGAGAAAUAUUUUCAUGUUCUUAGCUUAAAUGUGACAUGACUAACAUGUCUCUUAGCAGUUGGCAAAAUUCUUACUUUGAUAGCUGUUUUGGUAGAACUACCAGAGUUCUGGAUGAUUAAUAUAUAUAUAUAUAUCCUUAUCUGUAGUGUUACUGUCUUUAUUUGUAUCUACUCUGCAAUAGCUGAAUUUUAAUACGUCUGAGAUGCCUUAUGUUUUUCAGUUGUGUAAUGCAUGUGUCUUGAUCUGCUCAACUCAUGUCUAAGUAGAGC